AUGAAUUGGAUCUCGAUGUUGCCGACUAUCUGCUUCGUCAUUUCCGACUUCAACCAAGCCUGGGCUGGCUACGGAACUAUCUUUCGGCUUCGCAACCUUUCGACAGGCGGACCACUGCCGAUGCCUCUAUUGUCCUCGCCCUCCAUUGAGCCCUCAGGCAGCCCGUAUAUUAUCACGCCGAUAAUGAUUCAGCUGGCCUUUAUAACGACUGCUCCUUCUCACUUGAAUGAUCAAUUCACACCCCGAGACUUAGGUCGACCCGCACCUUAUUUUAACCCAUCAAAGUAUGAUCGCGUGCUCGUGUGCUCUCCUCGGCCAAGGCGCCGGCACGAGGUUGCGCCUCGCCAAAUAAGCCAAACCGUACGCGCCAUGUGGUUGUUCAAGCGCCUUCUUACAAGUCAUCUCUACAGUUCUUUGAGUGCUGCAUUUUUGACACCAACGGGCGAUGCCGUUGAGACUCCUGGUGCUGCGGAGCUGCUCCGAGGCUUCAACGACCAGGCUACCGAGGCGCUGGAGAGGGCCGGAGAAAGCUCAGAGCGUUCCGUCGAUGACUGCUCCCUUCAUAAUGCCAAUUAUCGAGAUAAUCCGACCGAAAUCCCUUUAUUUGACGGCAGCGAAUACAAUAUUGGCGGUGACGGUAAAUUUUGGGAACAACAUGGCAGCACGGCUGACAUGGACUUUGUCAAAAUCCCUUCGGGUGACGGCGGCGGCUGCAUCACGACUGGCCCUCUGCCCAACUCGACCACCAACAUCGGGCCCGUACGACCUGGCAGAAGCGGCGUCAAGGCAAAUCCUGGAGGUCAAUUCGCUUACAACCCCCGUUGCUUGAGACGCGACCUGAACUCCCAUACGCUCAUAGAGUGGAUGACCGCAAAGAAUCUCAUCACCAUGACUGUGGGUGACGCCAGCCAUACCAUUCUCUCAUUCCAGAAUGAACUCCAGGGCCGGUUUUCGGGUGGUUUUGGGGGGAUGCACGCUGCUGGUCAUGCUGUUAUCGGUGGCGAGGCGACUGACCCGUUCUCAUCGCCAAAUGACCCCUCCUUCUUCCUCCACCAUACCAUGAUAGAUUAUUUGUAUUGGAUCUGGCAGACGCUACAUCCGUUGCAGGCGGACCAAGUUGCGGGCAUCAUUACGAUCCUGAACAAUCCUCCCAGCCGGAACGCAGUCAAGGAAGAUACCAACUUUGUGGGCGUGCUGGCGAAAGACGUUACUAUUGGACAUUUCAUCAACACCCUCAGUGGAGAGCCGUUGUGUUAUGUGUAUGUGUGA